GACGAGAGACCAGCCAAUCAACCAGCUACCUACACACACAUCACUCAUUCAGUUGCCAGUCAGUUUGCCAAGGCCAGUUGCGCGCGCAGAGGGAGGAGAGGACCGGAGGAGCUGCGCUGCGCUGCGCCGCGCAGAUGUGGGCGCCGGGGUCGCCGGGGAGGCUGCCGGCGCUGGAGGAGUGCGUCGAGGGCGAGGACGGGGAGGCGUACCACGGGGCCAUGGCCUCCUGCUGGGGCCGCUUCGGCGCCGCCGCGCUGUGGCGCAGGCUCCGGCAGCGUCUCAGCCUUGUGCGGCGCAUGCGGCGGCGCGGCCGCUCCUCCCUCCUCGGCGCCGGCGGGCUCAACUACGACCCGCUCAGCUACGCGCAGAACUUCGACGACGGAUGCCUGGAGCUGGAGGAGCACGAGCCGGACUUCAGCGCCAGGUUCGCGCCCGCGCGCCACGCCGCCGGCUUCCCGCGGCCCACGGCCGCGGCGCGCGACGUCGUCGCGACCGCUUGACGGCGUACCACACGUCCUCCGGCUUUUACCUCCCGUAACGCUCGGUGCUCGCCGCUCGCCCGCGCGCCUAUGGAAGGGCUAGCGGCAAAUUCCUGGUAAUAUUGCUCCACACGUCUUUUAGUUGAUAAAUGUACAUACAUGGCACACGCCGUCGAUCGACUCAUAUGCAUCAUGGAUGGAUGUAAUUAAGUAGGUUCGUUAUUAUAGCGUAAUCGAGCUCGCUCAGACGAAAAUAAAAUUUUUCUUGCCGAUUUGCUGUGCAUUCAGCCAGCGGCAGCGUUCUUGAAUUUUUUAUGUGUUCAUGUACGCUUGUGAUUCGGGCUUCGGCACAGUAAUUGCUGUUCUGAAUUAGGCCUAAAUCGUUCUUUGUGGAGAUGGCAACAUUCACCUUUACUUCAUAGUAUUUUUUC